AUGUGGAAGACAGGCAAAUGGCUCAGGAGCUUCUUGACGGGGAAGAAGGAUGGAAAGAAAGAGAAAGAUGAAUCAUUUUCCUCUCCAUUGCCAAUCAAUAGUCAGUCAUCACCAAUCUCAGUGCCUGCUCCCAAGGAGAAAAGGAGAUGGAGAUAUCCGAGAUGGGCAGGUGCAGGGAAGAGUUUAAGUUCACAAGAACUGAGCACAAGUGUGCCACCACUUCAGAGGCUGUCGGAGGCUGCGAUUGACAAUAAAAGGCAUGCAAUGGCUGUUGCAGUGGCCACAGCUGCAGCUGCUGAUGCUGCUGUUGCUGUGGCACAGGCAGCAGCAGCUGUAGUACGCCUCACAACCGCUGCCACUAAACAAAAAGCCAGUGCUGUCAAGGAAGAUGCAGCUACCAAAAUUCAGUCUGCUUUUCGUGCCUACCUGGCAAGAAAAGCUCUGUGUGCAUUGAGAGGCCUGGUAAAGCUGCAAGCUUUGGUAAGAGGACACCUUGUCAGGAAGCAAGCUGCUGCUACUCUUCGUUGCAUGCAGGCUCUAGUGAUAGCUCAAGAGCGAGCUCGAGCCCGGAGGAUCCGCAUGGCUGAAGAGUCACAGGUUAUCCCACAGUGGCAGUCCAUCCACAGGAGAUCACCACAGCACCCACAAUCUAGACAAUCGCAUGAUAUGGAUAGAAAUUCCAACAAGAAUAUUGAGAUAGUGGAUCUGGAUCUUGGGGGAUCAAGAGGCAGUAUAAAGAGUAGAAAAAGUUAUUCAACCACAAAAACUGAAACAAAUGAGCAGCAGUUUUCUGGAUACUAUGAUCAAAAUUUUUCGCCUUCUAAUGUAGACCAGAAUCAACAGUUCUCACCUGUUCCAUCUACCUUCACGGAAAUGAGUGGUAGGGCUUACAGUGGACAUUUCGAGGAUUUCACAUUCAUAACAGCACAGAGCAGUCCCCAGUACUUAUCAGCUAUUCCAGUUCCUGAUCCAACACACUCUUAUGGUCAUCCCUUCUUUCCCAACUACAUGGCAAACACUGAAUCUUCAAGAGCUAAGGCAAGGUCACAGAGUGCACCACGCCAGCGAACUGAUACAUUUGAGCGACAAACAAGCAGGCGGAGACUAUCAACAGAAGGAAGGAACAUUCCUAGAGUUGUAAAGAUGCAGCGAUCAUCUUCCCAUGUUGGCCUGAUAAUCGAUGGGUAUCAAUAUCCUUUGUCUUUCAAGUUAGAUAGGUCCAGCAUGUCCCUCAAAGACAGUGAAUGUGGUUCAACGAGCACUGUGCUAACAAAUACCAAUUACUGCAGCUGA